AUGUUUCGCUUGCUUGCAGUGUAUCUGUUCGUUGUCUUUGCUAGUAAUUUCAAGCCAUCAGUGCAGGUAAUGCUGCAGUCUCUAUUUUAAAGAGUUCAGAAGUGUUAAGCUAUUGAAAAGGAGCUUUCAGUAACGUUUCCAUCGCCCAUGUAAGGUAUACAGUCAAAAGGUGUACCCCGGGGAGGGUUCAAGGGGGAUUGGGACCCCCUGCCCCCACUCCCAUUUUCUCCUCUUUUUAAUUAACACAGGGAUCGAUAGUCAAUGGUACUAAAGAAAGCGGUAAAGCGUGGCGUAAGAAUGUGAGGCGUCUCUCCCCAGUCUCGCUCCCUGUUUUCAGCCUCUUUACAGACCUUUUGUUUGACUGUUCGCGCGUAUAUGAAUACGCAAAAAUACGGACUGUUUUGCAGUCUAGUACUAUUGAGGUCAGAUGCAAAAGAAAUUAGAUGACUUCUAUUCUUGUUGCGCAAUCUUAACUGCAGUCUACAGUGGUAAGCUUUAACGACUUUGACUGCACGAAACUUUGUUAUAAUCGAUAAGGAAUUCGAACUCCCGGAUUAUAAGUUGUUUAGAAAAGAUAGGGAGAAACUUCUGACUUUGGCUGAAAAUUCAUAUUCCAAGAAAGCCUAGAAGUUUUCUUAUGGAUACCUUUUAUAGGCCAGCAAAUUCUCCCAGUCACUCACUUAUCGACAGUGAGCCUACUCGAAUUGCUGCUAAGAACCUUAUUUUCGUAUAGAUUUAACAGUAACAAAUAAUCCUCACAACAUCAGUGGUUUCGGGGUGUUGUAAGGGCCAGUCGCGGCAAUCAUGAGAUGAUCUCUUGCGUUCGAAAACUGAACUGGAAAAAGGUGCCAGCUCAAAUAAAAACAUUGGAGAACCAAGCAAUUCACUACGUGAUUUCCCUGAACCUGCAAAAUUCUUGCAGUACGACAGCGCAUUCUGAUCACUCUGUGGACUGAGCGUCCCUUCGCGAGUUCAGCAUCUGUAUAAUCAAAGGACUUCACAGACGAGUUUAAUUGACCCCUUCCCUUUCAAAAUGGCUAGAUAACCCCCUAACAGAGUCUUCUCAGGAAUUUUCGCGGUUUCAAUAACAUAUCGGCAACUAAAACUCGUGCACAAAAAUUAAAAUUGCUUUUAUUGUGGCUACACUACACCACACUGAUUUGGUUUGGUGGAUGAAACUAAUCCUAUGGCAUAAUAUCUUUGGCAUAGUGCCGACUGUUUUUUAGUUUUUGUUUAGAAACUGAGAAAUGGAAUUUGGUCUUUGGGAUAAAGGGUAAAAUAUGAUGAUUUACUGAUGAAAUAGCGAUUAAACUGAAACCGGUCUGUACAUAUUCUUGUUGUUUUGUAGACUAAUCUGGUGACACUCGACAGCAGUAAGCUUAACCAAAAAAUCAGUGAGUUGGAAAGUAGAGUCCAGGUAAGACGAUCGAAAUAAGCCAGCAGCCUAAUUUUCAAUUUUUAAUUUUUUGAGUUAGGCAUUUUUAUAAAACGCAGUAAAUUUCCCAAGAAUUUCCGAAUUUGAAACAGAUCCUCUCAUAGCGGGCCUCACCUUUCAGUGAAUAUAGCCAUAAUUUUACAAUUAUGUUAAACGGAAUAACAACAAAACAAAAUUUAAACAAGUAAUGAACACCUUUUUUGGAGACAACAGCUAGAAUAAAGCAUUCUCAGAGAGUACCAUAUGGCGGCACUUAUAACUGAACAGCAUCAACUCAUCCAAACGGAUCUUUGAGACGGCAGAAGACAAUAGGCUAUUAUAUAAGUAUUGCGUUGUUAGCCUUUUUGUGCGAACAAUUGUUUCGUGCUACUUUGCUGAAUUCGUCGACUGCCUCAAGUCCGACUGAACCACGGGUACGUGAAAUCAGUGCAAAAUUCGCGAAAGUUCACUCUGGCAAAAUAUAGUAAAAGUAAGUACGAUCAAUUUAGCGCAAUAAAAAUUUUCUCUCCAUGCAUUAAAAGGAAUCAAUCCCAAAAGACAGGCAUAGAUACUGAAUUCCAGGCCGUGGAUUGCAGAUUCCAGUCUCUGUCAGUGGAACGUGGAUUCUGAAUUCCAAUUGUUAGUGGAAUUCCGGAUUCUUUGAUCUUCCGGAUUCCAAAGCCCAGGAAUCUGGAUUCCACAAGCAAAAUUUUCCCAGAUUCCGGAUUCCACAGCUGAAAAUUUCCCAGAUUCCGGAAUCCAGAAUCCCUCACAGUGGGCGCCACCCUUUUUUUUUUCUUUAACGAAUGCAGGCUCUGACAAGCGGACUGAAUAGCGCCAGAGUGCACUGUGAUGAGAAGGUUACAUCUUGGGACCUAAGAUCAGAUGCUUACAUCAAGUACUUGGACCGACAGAAUGUUGAGUGCCCAAAUGGUUCUUUCUUGGCCAGAUUCCGACUUGUGAGGGAAGGAAACUAUGCCUCAGCCAGAGUUCGCUAUCUUUUCCGUUGCUGCAAGUUUAUUCUGUAA